CUCAUAACGAGCAGAAAUCCGCCCCGUACCUCGUGUGACGUGUCUCACCUGUUGCGUUUCGGCGGACUAUAUAGUGGGCCCGUCGUUUAACGGUGGCGCAACACGUAUACCAAUUUCUUCUCCACUAGCACUCGUGUGUACGAGCACAUCGUUGACAGACAUGUUGAUGCGCAGCGCUCUUCUGUUCGUCGCCAUCGGGGUCGCCUUCGGCCAGAUAAGGGAUGCUGUCUACGAGGACUGCGGUAGCACCGCUGAAAUCAUCUCCCUCCAGGUUGAACCAUGCAACUCGGACCCAUGCGUCAUGAAGAGGGGUACGGCAGCCAAGAUUUACUUCGAAAUGGUAUCUGACCAAGACAGCGAAACGGCGGAGCUAAAGGUGACGACAAAGUUGUUCGGCGUCUCUGUCCCAGUGCCUGGCAUUGAAACCAACAUGUGCAAGGGCGUUGUCACGUGUCCCAUCAAGAAAGGAAGGACCUACAAGGGAGUCCUAACCAUGCCCAUUGCAUCAUUUGCUCCCGCGGGCAAAACUUCCCUGAAUAUGAAGGUGAAGGGAGACAAGGGUGUCAGCGUCUGCACCGACUCAUUCCUGAUUCUCGAGUAACCUGAGAUUUACUCCUGUGACUAAAGCAGGAGGUGACCUCUUUUAAUAAAAAAAAUGAAGCAACACA